AUGAGUCAGCAAGAAAAGAUUCAGGCUUUCGUGGACUGGGCUGCCAAAGUUGGUGGUUUCAAGCACGAGGCUAUUGACUUAAAAUUCAUCAAUGAUGAAGAAGGAAUGAGUGGUACUCUUAAUUCAGACAUAGAAGCAUCGGAAGAGCAUGAAGAAACAUUGUUGUCCAUUCCGUUAGAUAUUUGUUUGAAUUUUAAAAAUAUGAGCAACGAAUUCAAAGAAUUAAUAUCGGAAUUGGAACAGUUUAAAGACGAUCAGCUUGAUGACGGUCAAGAACUGACCACACAGUGGAAGGGAACAAAUAUGUUCGAGAAUCGAUUGGUCGUUUUUUAUUUAUUUCUGAUUCAUGAGCUCUUUGUGAUGAAAGAGUCGAGUAUUUAUUUUCCAUACUUGGACAUGUUACCACAAAAUUUUACCACUGCUAUUUACUUUGAUGAAGAUGAUUUGAGUGAACUACGAGGUACCAAUCUCUAUAAAUCUAUCACAAGUAUCAAGGACAACCUAAAUCAUGUAUUCAAUUCCAAAGUUAGCUUUUUAAAAGAACGAAGAGCAAAGCUAAUAGACGACAAUUACACCUACGAAAGAUUCAUGUGGGCAUUUUCUGCUGUUUGGUCAAGAGUUUUUCCUAUUGAAUAUGAAUGUGGAAAUAAUGAAAAGGAGAUUGUUCCAACUUUGUUACCUAUGGUAGAUAUUUUGAACCACAAAUUUAAUGCUAAAAUUACAUAUUUCACAGGAUCUGACAGCAGGUUCUAUUUAAAAACAAGAGAGUCACUUAAAAAGGGCGACUAUGUCUACAAUAACUAUGGAGCUAAAAGCAAUGACUCGUUUUUGCUUAGUUAUGGAUUUGUAAUUCCUGACAAUUCAGAAGAUACACUCUACGUUCAAUUUGGCAUUUCAGAUACCAACGAUGAAGAAUUAAUUUUGUGUAAAAAGAAAUAUCUAGAAGAUAAUUCUUUAAAACUUGGUUAUUACUUGAAACAGAAAGAUCUACCAGAGGAUAUGCUGGAUGCUAUUAGAAUUUGUGUAAUGGAUGAAGAAGACUUUUAUUUUGCCAAACAAUUUAACAUCGAUCAUCAUCGAAAAUCUUCAGAACGCUUUAGAUUUAACGUGAAAAAUGAAUACAAUACUCUGCGGACACUUAGAUCCCUCUUUAUAUCAAAACGGUCGGUGUUCUCAACUUCUCUUGAAGAAGAUAUAAAACAAUUACGGCAAGAAAAACGGUAUAACAUGAGAAAUAUACUUGUUUAUAGGAUUGGCCAAAAAUAUAUAAUAGAUAACAUUUUGAAAUUCAUUGAUCAAUCCAUGUCACAUUUAGUAAUGGCUCACUCUCAUUUCCUCUCAUAUCCAAAACACAGCACCAACAUAUUGGAUAAUUUCAACAAUCUGUUUUUAGAGAACUCAGGAAAAAUAGCCGUGGAAUUUGUUGAAAAGGAAGGAUUUAGCGUAAUUACAACUCAACACAUCACAAGAGGAGAUACCUUACUCGUUAUCAAGUCAGAAGAAAUGAUUGACGCAGAUUGUGCCUUAGAUUCUCCUGUAGGGGAGUAUUUCACCACUGCUCGUGAAGAAAACGAGGAUUGUAAUUAUUUAGAUGAUGAAAUGGCCGUAAUUUUUUACAUUCUUUUCGAAUUGUUUUCCUCCUCGAUGAAGACAAAUACCCACUCCAAAUUUUUUAAUGAGAUUGUUAAACAACUCCCCAUUAAUCAGUUUCCCUUAGUGGCAAAGAAAUAUGAACAUGAAUUGGAAGGCACCAUGGCCUGUUUACUUAUUCAAAAAACUCAAGACAGCCUUCUUCAAACUUUUGAAGAGAUCAAAGAUUGUUUGUUGAAUUGCGGAUUGAAGGAUGAGGGAAUUUUAACUUUUGAGAACUUUCUUGUCGCAUAUUCAAUAUACGAUUUGUUUUGUGUUGGAAUGGAGACAGUUGUUCCAUUGCCCACUCCUAUCUCCUCUCUCCCACAUUUCUUGCGUGAAUUUGAUGAUGGUAAUCUAAUUGUGAAAAGCUUAGUUGAUAUUGAACAAAAUACCUUAAUAUCUAACUCCAUUUUGGCACUUAUCAAGCCUAUCGAGGAAGUAUUUCUAUACAACAUAAUUCCAUUAGAUGAACGAGGAAAUACAUGCUGCACCUAUGCAGCAGAAAUUGAUCUCGAGUCGAUGGAAUCUCUCGUAACUCAAGAGAAAUUAGAAGCGUUAAAUAGAAUCAACAAUUUGUCAUUUAGACAUUAUUUGAGAUGUGACACAAAUUCGGACAAAAUUGUUCAACAACUAUGCAUUCUACUUUCUUCACAUGAAGAAUUGGCAAACAAUCCUCAACUCUCUCUUGAUGGGUUUUCGCAUCGAGUCCACUCUCAAGUUAGAUAUAUUGUCGACAUGAUGAGAACAAAUUUUGAGCAACAAUUCAUCACAACCAUGGAACAAGAUGAAGCCCUUCUCAAAACACCUCUCCAAGAGUUUGAUACUCCUUUCCUUCAAAACAUUAUCAAGUAUCGAUUAACCUCCAAGCGCAUUGUCACAAACCUCCAUUGCUGA